AACCAGUUGCUUUCAAAGGACUUAAAACAGCAAAAACAGCACAAGAACACGUGUGCUUGUUUUAGCCCCAGAUCACACACCACCAUGCUUCACAUUUAAUUUUUUUAGUUUCUAAAUGUUUAUAGUGCUGUAAGAAGUGAUCACCUGUGUGGCUCUGUUUCUUUUAAUUACAUCACAUAUAGGGCGAUUAGCUGUAAUUUAGUGCUUGCAUACAAUUGUGUACUGCAGCACAUGAGAUGCCACAUGAAAAUCAAUGGUAAUUUGUUUGAAAUGUGUCAACAGUCUGCUGACAGAGUCUUCAUCGGAGGCUAAUAAUGGCCCGAGCCAAGCGUCACCGUAUGCAGGUGUACCGCCCUCAGGGAUACCUCCCCCAUUUAUGGGACCUCCAGGAAUACCACCUCAUUUCCCUCCCAUGGGAAUGCCCCCAAUGGGACAACGGCCACCCACUAUGAAUCCAUUGCCUCCUGGAAUAAUGCCCCCAGGCAUGAUGCCACCAAUGGGAGCACCUCCAAUGGGACAGAUGCCAGGCAUGAUGCCACCUAUGAUGCCUGGGAUGAUGUUGCCCCCUCGCAUCCCAGCUGCGUCUGUGCAGCCAACAGGACCGCCUGGUGUUGACACUCCAACUGCAGCACCUGGAACAACCAGUGCUACAAAUGGAUCUCCACAGGAGGAACAGGCAAAAAAGAAGUCUGUUUGGACAGAACACAAAUCACUGGAUGGGAAAACCUAUUACUACAAUACAGAGACCAAGCAGUCCACAUGGGAGAAACCAGAUGAUCUCAAAUCACCUGUUGAGCAAAUGCUGUCUAAAUGCCCAUGGAAGGAGUACAAGUCAGACACAGGGAAGCCUUAUUAUUACAACUCUCAGACAAAGGAGUCUAGAUGGACUAAACCCAAAGAGCUGGAAGAUCUGGAAGCCAUGAUCAAAGCAGAGGAAAAUGGAACGGCAGAGCCACUGGCCCCCGCUGUCACCACAGCUCCUGCGGUGCAAGCAGAGGCAACAGUCACCGUAGCACCUGUAACGGAAACGGAACCUGCAAAAGCAGUCCCAGAGGAACAGCCCGCUCAGACAGCAGCGCAGCCCACACCUGAGGUCAAGACAGCAGAUGUAGCGGUUGCCUCCUCAGAGAGCCCAGUUGCCCCAGAGGUGGCCAAGGCCAGGUAAACAAAGAUUCAUUGGCCAGAGAUCCAGAAGAAAAUAUACAAAUGGAACACAAAGGAAGAGGCCAAGCAGGCGUUCAAAGAGCUGCUGAAGGAGAAGGGCGUGUCCUCGAACUCCUCCUGGGAACAGGCCAUGAAAAUGAUCAUCAACGACCCUCGCUACAGCGCGCUUCCCAAACUGAGUGAAAAGAAGCAGGCCUUUAAUGCUUACAAAGUCCAGACGGAGAAGGAAGAAAAGGAGGAGGCCAGAAUUAAAUACAAGGAGUCCAAGGAAACCUUCCAGAGGUUCUUGGAGAACCACGAGAAGAUGACAUCCACCACCAGAUACAAGAAAGCAGAACAAAUGUUCAAUGAACAAGAGGUUUGGAGCUGUGUUCCAGAGAGAGACCGACUGGAGAUCUAUGAAGACGUCUUGUUCUAUCUGGCCAAGAAGGAGAAGGAGCAAGCCAAGCAACUCAGAAAGAGAAACUGGGAAGCUCUGAAGAACAUUCUGGACAACAUGGCCAAUGUCACCUAUCGCACCACCUGGUCUGAGGCCCAGCAGUACCUGCUGGACAACCCCACCUUCGCCGAAGAUGAAGAGCUGCAGAAUAUGGACAAGGAGGACGCCCUCAUUUGUUUUGAGGAGCACAUCAGAGCCCUGGAGAAGGAGGAGGAAGAAGAGAAGCAGAAAACUCUUCUGAGGGAGAGGAGACGACAGCGCAAGAACAGAGAGUCCUUCCAGAAAUUUCUGGAUGAACUCCAUGACCACGGCCAGCUCCACUCCAUGUCUGCCUGGAUGGAGAUGUAUCCAACUCUGAGCUCAGACAUUCGCUUUGUAAACAUGCUGGGACAGCCAGGUUCCACUCCUCUGGACUUGUUCAAAUUCUAUGUGGAGGAUUUGAAGGCUCGCUACCACGACGAAAAGAGAAUCAUCAAAGAUAUCCUGAAGGACAAAAGCUUCCUGGUGGAAGUGAACACCAGCUUUGAUGACUUUGGCUCCAUCAUCAGCUCAGACAAGAGAGCAACUACACUGGACGCAGGAAACAUUAAACUGGCCUUUAACAGUUUGCUGGAGAAGGCAGAAGCCAGAGAGAGGGAACGGGAGAAAGAAGAGGCCAGAAAAAUGAAAAGGAAAGAAGCCGCCUUUAAGAACAUGCUGAAACAGGCCACGCCCCCACUGGAACCAGAGGCCGCAUGGGAGGGAGUCAGAGAUAGGUUCUUGAAAGAACCCGCCUUUGAAGACGUGACUCUGGAGUCGGAGAGGAAGAGGAUAUUUAAAGAUUUCAUGCACGUCUUGGAGCACGAGUGCCAGCAUCACCACUCCAAGACGAAGAAGCACUCCAAGAAGUCCAAGAAACACCACAGGAAACGUUCCCGCUCUCGAUCGGGUUCAGAGUCUGAGGACGAGGAAUACCACAAGAAGAAGAAGAGGUCGCAGUCCAAGUCGCCCUCUGAACACUCCUCCAGCGGAGAGUCCGAGAGAAGCUAUAAGAAGUCCAAGAAGCACAAGAAGAAGGCGAAGAAGAGGCGUCAUAAGUCUGCAUCACCAGAGUCUGACGGUGAGAAGAAAGGAAGAGACCGCGACGGGAAGCGCGACAAAGACCUGGACAAAGACAAGGAGAAUGACAAAUCCAGAGGGAAGUCUCACUCUGACAAACAGAAGUCUCCUAAAAGAAAAGCUGCCAGAGAGGAGGGCGGCUGGGAUACAUCUGGCAGCGAGCUGAGCGAAGGAGAGCUGGAGAAAAGGAGAAGAACUUUACUGGAGCAGCUGGACGCACCGUGAUGACUGCGUUUCUGCCGCUCUGUGCUACAUUUGUACACUUGUCAGGCGUCCAUUCAUGCAUUCCCCCUCAGUCUCAUCUGACUGCACUGGUCUAAAAUAUCAUGCUGGACUAACUGUCACUGGCAAUUGAUUAGAAACAAGUUACAGUAAAACUGUCAAUGCUAAAAAAAAAAAAGAAAAGGAGGGACAGAAGGAGAUUCAGAACAGCUGAUAAAAGGUGAAACGUCAGGUUCUGCUUUUGUUUCUCGUCUUCUUUAAAGAUCCUUCAGUUGACUGUAGUUGUACAUGUUUUUCUUUUCUUUUUUAUUAUUCAAUUAAAGCAUAUCUUAAUAUCC